GAGGCGGGAACCGCUGUGGAUUGCCGGAGUCCUCCUCGGCCGGUGCCGCGUGCCACUCGCAGCCGUCCACCGCCCGCAAGCUUUGGACCUUCGGAGACAUGGUCUGUAAGCAGAAAGGGCGCGUUGGAACCACUCCCGUAGCCGGUGCCGGUUAUGAACCGGGAGCAUCGUGCACGCCCGGAAGAAGGCAAGGGCGGCCAGGCCGCGCUGUUGCUUUAAGAACGCUCUCCCGCUGAGACCAUGCAGAGGCCUCCAUGGCUGUGAUAAGCCUGCUGUUCUUGGCAGUGAUGUAUGUUGUUCACCACCCCCUGAUGGUCAGUGACCGUAUGGACCUGGACACACUAGCCAGGAGUCGGCAGCUGGAGAAACGGCUGAGCGAGGAGAUGCGGCACUUAGAGACAGAGUUUGAAGAGAGAAGGCGAGCGGCGGAGCAGAGACAGAAAGCAGAGAACUUCUGGAGAGGGGACAAGCCGAGUGAGGAUGAGUUAGUGCUGGGGAAGAAGGAUAUGGGAUGGCCGUUUCAGGCCAGUGGCCAAAAUGGGGGGCCUCUGGGCUGGAUGCUUGGAAACCUGUGGAAUGUGGGCCUUUUUUGCCUUUUUCUCAUCUUUGAGCUUCUGCGACAGAACAUGCAGCAUGAGCCAGCCUUUGACUCCAGCAGCGAGGAGGAAGAGGAAGAAAUCCGUGUUGUGCCUGUCAACGCUUACACCUGGCUCUCUGAUUUUCCCUCCCAGGAAGCCCUGGAGUCCUUUUACAAACAUUACAUCCAAAAUGCCAUCCGUGACCUGCCCUGCACCUGUGAGUUUGUGGAGAGCUUUGUGGAUGAUCUCAUUAAGGCCUGUCGGGUGCUUAGUCGCCGGGAGGCUCACCCACAGUUGGAGGACUGCCUGGGCAUUGGAGCUGCCUUUGAGAAGUGGGGGACCCUCCACGAGACACAGAAAUUCAAUGUCCUGGUGCCCAUUCUCCCCCCACAAGGCACUACGUUUGUCUUGGAGAUGAGAGACGCCGCCCUGGGCCAUCGCUGUGGCUCCGUGAAGGUGGACUCGGAGUGCAUGUGCAAACACGAGAAGCUCCUGGGCGAUGUGCUGUGCCUGGUGCACCACCGCCGGGACCACUCAGCCCUCUUGAACAAGUGCACCAGCUCCAUCAAGGCGGCUCUCUGCACUGGCUCGUACCUGGACGUGUGUAAGACGGUGCAGUGGUUCCGAAACAUGGUAGGCAAUGCCUGGGCGCUGGUGGCCCACAAAUACGACUUCAAGCUCACUCUCCCACCGUCGACCACCUCCUGCAAGCUCAGGUUGGAUUACCGCUCAGGCCGCUUUUUGUCAAUCAGUUUAGUUCUCGGGGUGCAGCGGGAAGACACCUUGGUCUACCUGGUGAGCCAGGCCCCUGACCGAGAGCAGCUCACCACUGUGGACUGGCCUGAGUCCUUUGCAGCUUGUGAACACUUGUUUCUGAAGCUGGUGGGGCGCUUCGCCCCUGAGAACACUUGUCACCUCAAGUGCCUGCAGAUCAUCCUUAGUCUCCAGGACCACCAGCUCUUACCCCCAGGAGCGUCCCGCCCCAUCCUCACCUCCUACCACUUCAAAACAGCCCUCAUGCACUUGUUGCUACGGCUGCCUCUGACAGACUGGCAGCACAGCAUGCUCUCCCAACGGCUCCAGGACCUUCUCUGGUUCUUAGGCCGAGGCCUCCAGCAAAGGUCUCUCCAUCAUUUCCUCAUUGGUAACACCUUCCUGCCCCUGACCGUACCCAUCCCUAAGACAUUUCGGAAUGCCGAGCCUGUCAAUCUUUUCCAGCACCUGGUGCUAAAUCCAGUGGCACACUCACAGGCGGUGGAGGAAUUCCACAACCUCUUGGCCCAGGUGAAAACUCUGCCAAGCUCCCCAGUGGCUGGAGGACUUUAAUGGAAAGGCCAUUAAAAAAUAAAAAAAAUAAAAAAAAAAAGGAGAAAUAGGCCAUACAAAAAGUAGGAAAAGGUAUUUCUGAUUCCCCAGGCUGUGAAGAGUUUAUUUUUCACAUGACUGAGAGGAGCGGUCUGUGACUGACCUUCACCUUGCCCACUGGGACUCUGAUAGAGUAAAUCACUCUUAGAAGUGCCUGAAGAAGGCUGCAGCCAGUGGAGCCUAAACUAGGGCGGGUGGAGGUGGGCUGAUGUUUUAUUCUCUUGGCUUAACUUUAGUCAUGACCCAGGAAAGUAAAAGCUCAUGGAAAUAGAUAUCAUGGGAGGAGUUUACUGCUGAGGCGCUGAGAUCCUGAUAAACGGUUGUUUCUGUAUCGACACUGGAUGCCAAAGCCCCAGAUACCCCCAUCCUAGCUCACUUCUUUUUGUGACCUGCUCCGUGUUCUCUGUGAAACGGCUUGUUGCACUGUUAGCUUAAUUCUCACCCAAACUGAUGCACUCCACCUUUCUCCCUCCAAGGGCAGACAGCCACGGUUCACACUUCAGGAUGUAAGUUUUCAUGACUAGUUUGAAAAUAUAACCAACAUGUUUCAUUUCUAUUUUCUUAAUUGGCAUUUUAUACAAAUUUUCAUACAAAUUUAAAACUCUUUAUGUAUCUGAGAAAAGCCCUAGCACUAACCAAAUAUUUGUUAGUUUUGACUCAUUGUAAGUUAUUAAGAUAUUGAGAUAACAAAUUUCCUAUACUUCAUGAAAUAAGCAAUGCCCGAUGGCCUUUCCAGCUCCCGGAAGCAAGCUCUUCGUGGUGAUGAUUUUCCAGGGGCUCUGAGAUGAACAGUUUGUUUCUGAGAGAGCUGCCUAUUUGUCAAACGGAAAGGCUGAGCUGCCGUGUGCCUUCUUCUGAGGAUGGCUUUCUAUUCUCUUUUCAAAGAUGACAAAGAGAUUACUUGAACUUUGUUUGUGGUUUUGAAAAGAGGGGUCAUCACAAUCCAGGCCCGUUGCCAGGGCUGGGCAGGAAGGCCUUGAAAAGCAGCUCACCUCUAAGAGCUCUGGUUCUAGAGAGUCAUUGGCAUGUUUCCCACUUGUUCUUAAGGCCUAUUAAGUAGUAGUUAUGGGCGUGGUUGUUUUUGAAAUAUCAAGGCUGUUCUGUAUCCAACGCUGCCAGGAAAUCUGCUGGGAAGAAGACCCUGGCCCACCUUUUGACUUGCCCUCUGCAGAUGGUGAGAAAGGAGGUAUCAAAGGCUAGCCUUUGGGAUUUCUGUUAAGGAAUCCACACUCUGUCAAAAAUAAAAGCAUUCUAGAAACUGA